AUGGAGCAUCAGCUGGAGGUUGUGGAAGGCAUGCAGUUCAACCGUGGCUACAUUUCUCCCUACUUCGUCACCAACAACAAGACUCAGUCGGUCGAGUUUGAGAAUCCUCUCAUCUUGGUGCAUGAGAAGAAGAUCAGCUCCAUUCAGUCCAUUCUCCCCGUGCUCGAGUACGUGGUAAAACUACAGCGACCCCUCCUUAUUAUUGCUGAAGACGUCGAUGGAGAGGCGCUGGCUACUCUCGUUGUCAACAAGCUCCGUGGUGGCCUUAAGGUCUGCGCUGUCAAGGCCCCCGGAUUCGGCGAUAACCGCAAGUCCCAGAUGCAGGAUAUCGCUACUGUUUGCGGCUGCGAGGUGGUCAGUGAGGAGACUGGCACCAAGCUCAGCGACGACUUCAACCCUGCAUUGCUCGGCUCAUGCAAGUCUGUCUCCGUCAAGAAGGACGACACCAUUAUUCUUGAUGGCGCGGGAGCUCGAGAGGAGAUAGAUGACAGAUGCGAGACCCUCCGUGAUGCUAUUGACAGCACCAGUAGUGAGUACGAGAAGGAUAAGCUCAAGGAGCGUCUCGCCAAGAUGAGCGGUGGUGUUGCUGUCAUCAAGGUUGGCGGUUCCUCCGAAGUGGAGGUGUCCGAGGUCAAAGAUCGUCUCAAUGACGCCCUCCACGCCACCAAGGCCGCUGUUGAGGAGGGUAUCGUGCCCGGCGGUGGGUCCGCUCUCUUGAGGUGA